UCCUAUCGUGUUUCACCUCCGAUUUGUUUGGCUCGUGCAGGCGUGCGGUUUAACACGUGUUUACGAGACGCAAAAGUCCGUAAAAAAAGCCACCCCGAGCCAUCAAACCCCCAAAGUAGUGAUAAAUCGCUCAGAUAACCUCCGGAAAUAUUUUUGUACGAAUAAAAAUCACUGGAUCUGCGAUGGAGAACGGUAAAUCUGAGGAGAAACCAGAGGUAGCCUCGGAGGAGAAGCCAGAGGCGGCCCCGGAGGAGAAGCCGGUGGCAGAGGCAAAACCUGAGGGCGAGGAAACUAAGGAAAAUGAGGGUGAGAAAGCCGCCGAGGAGGCGGAGAAGUCUGAUGAAACCCCAGAGGAAGUUACUCCAGAGCUUUUGGAGAAGAUUAAAUCACAGAUCGAGUUUUACUUCGGUGACUGUAACAUGCAGCGAGAUAAGUUCCUCAUUGACCAAGUGAAACUCGACGAGGGAUGGAUUCCAAUGAGCAUAAUGCUGAAGUUCAAAGCUCUGGCGUCAAUCAGUCAGAACGUGGAGACCAUCCUGAAGGCCCUUGAGGACAGUGAACUCAUGGAGAUCUCAGAGGACAGGAAGAAGAUCAGACGCAGUCCAGAGAAGCCACUGCCUGUCUACGAUGAGGCUUACAAAAAGGCACAGGAGGAGAGGUCUGUUUACUGCAAGGGCUUCCCUCUGCAGGGGACCACCGUCCAGGUUCUCAAGGAAUUCUUCAAGGACUUUCAGCCUCAUGAGACUAUUUUCAUGAGGAGGUAUCCCGACAAAGAAAAGAAUCAAUUCUUCUUCAAAGGUUCAAUAUUCAUCCAGUUCACGACCCUGGAGGGUGCUAAAGAUUUCAUGGCUAGGGAGUCUGUUAAAUAUGGAGACAAGGAGCUCAUCAGGAAGUGGAAGAAUGAUUACUUGGUUGAGAAGAAGAAGGAAAUUGAGGAGAGGAAAAGCAAGAGAGAUGGAAAGGGAAAGAAGACUGAGAAGGAGGAAGAAGUAAUGGAGGCUGAGGACCCUGAAGACGACACUGUCUUGCCCAAAGGCGCAGUUUUAAGUUUCACAGGAGCUGGGGACGACACUCUAAGAGAGGACAUCAAGGAAGCUGUGGUCAAGCUCGCAGAACUCAUUCCAGAAGAAAUUGCCUUUAUGGAUUAUGAGAAGGGAAACUCAGAGGGCAAGAUACGUUUUCAUGGAGAGGGCACUGCUACGAAGAUUCUGAAAAAAUUCACCGACAAAGAGCUCACAGUAAAUGAGUCUACACUGAGUUUCAGACUCGUGGAGGGUGAGGAGGAGGAAGAGUACCUGAAGAAAGUCAAGGGACAGAUGAACCAGAAGAAGCAGAAAAUAAAGAACAACAAACGUGGUCGAUCAAAGAGAGGACGCGGUGGAGGUGCCAGAGGCAAGAAGAGGGGAGGCAGUCCCAUCCGCGACUCCCCAUCCAAGAAAGCUGCCAAGACUUCAUAAGUAACUUUUACUACUUUUUGUUAAACAUAACAAAUCAAUGUUUUUCGUUCUUGUUCUCAUAAUUCCUUACGUUCCUUGGUUGGGAAAACCAAGCCUCUCUAUCCCAUAAUUUCUACUCAGGAUUUAAAUACCAUUAUCUUAAGAAAAGUGACAGAAGAGAAUAUGUAUAUCUCAGUUUAAUUAAAAUUCAUGAGCUUUAUAAA